AAUGAGUCACAACCACCACAACUCCCACAUCAAUAACAGUUGAGUCAAGAUGGCGGCCGAGGGCGAGUACGAGUCGAUCCUGUGCAUGAAACCCGAUGUCAACGUUUAUCGCAUCCCGCCGCGAGCUUCUAACCGCGCAUACAGGGCAGCUGACUGGAAGCUGGAUACUCCAGACUGGACUGGUCGAAUGAGGGUCACCGCCAAGGGCCAAGUGGCAUAUGUCAAACUGGAGGACAAGGUCUCAGGGGAGCUGUUUGCCCAGGCACCACUAAGGGAGUAUCCCGGCGUUGCGUUGGAAACGGUCAGCGACUCCAGCCGAUACUUUGUUCUGCGGAUAGAGGAUGACAACGGUCGCAGUGCUUUCAUAGGAGUUGGCUUCGGGGACCGAGGGGACGCUUUCGAUUUUAACGUGGCCUUGCAAGACCAUUUCAAAUGGGUGAAACAGGACACUGAAUUCAGUAAAAGCGCCCAGCUCGGGGAUUCAGGACCAAAACUGGACUUGGGCUUUAAAGAGGGACAGACCAUCACACUCAACAUAGGGCAAGGUAAAAAGAGGGAUAAGCCCCGCCCACAAGGCGCAGGUGGGUUUGGACUGCUCCCACCACCACCUGGAGGAAAGAUAGCCCCUCCUCCUUCGUCAGGCUCAUCCAAUCACAACAUAGAAACAGACUGCCUGUUGGAGCUGGACAGUAGUAACUCUAACACUGUGGUUCAGUCAAACGCUAGUUCAGAUCUUUGGGGAGACUUCUCUGCUCCGGCAAGUUUAUGUGUUCCCAGCUCCGUUCCACAACAAUCCCAACCACAGAACUCCGGAAACUGGAUCCAGUUUUGAGUCGUCGCCGGCUGUUCCGCCCGUUUUGAUUUCCAUCUCACCUGCAUCUGUGUCCGUAGCUUCCCGUGCAUCACACUGAGACUAACUCCCACUCACUGAUCCCAAAGCAGCAGGGACGUGAACCUUCACAGAGCUGUAAAAGCAACUCGCGACAUCAUUUCAUUCAGGAAGAAUUCAAGAGUCCUUUCAAAUUUUCUUGACAGGAAAUGAAGCACUAAUCUCUUUUAAAGCCAUUAAAUGAAAUGAGCCAUUUCCCCAAAAAAAUAUUUAAGGGCUAUGUGUGACGUCCUGAGAAGCAGGUGUUCCUCUUUUAUGUGUCUGCAUCACCUCCCCCGGGAGAUGGCUGUCUGAGCAGAGCUUUAUCUUUGAUGCUUUUCUCAGUGCAACGGCUCCCUCUGCAGCCACUGCAGAGUGCUACAUCUCAGUAACCUGCUGUGAGUAAAUGAGCUGCAAAGCUCUGCUUAAGUGAAGGCUACUUUAACUGUAAGACAGUUUCUUUUCAAAUGAAAUUGGGAUUUCAUCAUUUUCAUGAUUAUAAUUUAGAAAUUACAGCAUCAGUCUGUCUAACUUAUUUUAAAUAUGAGUCCUGAAGAAUGGUUGAAGACUAGGGUUGGGUACCGAAACCCGGUUCCUACGCAACCGGUAGGUCGGACCGGAAUGGAACGCAAAUUUCGGUUCCACUUAAUGGGUCGACUGAAAUAUUUUCCCUCUGUCGCUCUGAAACGGACAUAAAAAUAUCACACUUUCUCUGUAGUCUACCGUUUGCUAGCCACCGUAAAUGUAGGCUACUUUUAAAAUGCCAUAUUUCCCCUCUGGGCUCACCAAAACAGACGAAAAAGCAUAUUACGGCUACCGCAUCUAUAAAAGAGCCUUUCUUUAAUGUCAUUUUUCAGUUUUUCAAGAAUCUGUUUAGGAAUCAGAAUCGUUUUAAAAGUACCGGUUCGGCAUCCGAAUCGUAAAAAUCCAAACGAUACCCAACCCUAUUGAAGACACAUAAUACUAGGGUUUUUUGACGAAACGGGGGAUUAAAUGACUCGUCCCCCAUCCCCACACUGAUGCAGGGAGCGGUACUGCCUUGUCCACGCGUCUCAAAAUGUAUGUAUUUAAAACGACUACUGUUUGUCUAAAGCGUGGCUUCAUUAUAUAAUAAUGCAAGUGAAUUUAAAGGUGCGACUUCGAAAUGUUCAGAUUAGCUUUGCUUUAUGGGAUAUGAAAGUGAAAUUGUCAAGAUUUCAAAUGAAUGCAGAGGCAACCCUCUGCUCGAAUUGGAGUUUCUCAGUUGUUUUUCAGCCAAGGACCCAUGAUACAGGACAGAGAACGUAGCAGGGACCCCCUCAUGUAUGUCCCUCUAAAUAAUUUGACGCAGCUUAUUUUUUUUUUUUACACUUCUAUAUUCUUAGUUAUGUGAAAUAACAACACAAGAGAAAUAUAUUAGACCUGUGUUAAAUAUUAUUUGCACCAUCUCAACACAGAAUACCCACCGAUUGACAUCAAUUCAGUUAGCUGCAAGUAACGCUGUCCCUCAACAAAAUAUCAAAGGCAAAUCAAGAGAAAAGGGCUAAUUUAAAGUGCAUUUCAGAACAAAUGGUAUUCGUUGGACUAUGAAGCCUUUUGUUAAAAAAAAAAAAAAAAAAAA